AUGGAUAGUUCUCAAGAAUUCGAUCGCCAAACGCCUUUGUAUGCUAGCCAGACUAGUAGCAGCACCAACGUCAAUACUAGCGAUGAUGUUUCUCAGGAACCCGAUAUCAUGUCCAACCCUAAGGCUUCUGAAAUCGUCGAAGCAUGCAAAUGGAAAGACAUUAGCCGCCUCAGAUCUCUAGCUGAAGGACACGGUGGAUUCUUGUCCGACACCCUGCGGAGGCGAGCAUGGCCCAUAUUGCUAGGCCUCGAUGCUCCAUCAGAUGAUCAAGAGGAUCCGUCAUCACCGCAUGAUGUUUCGGGGGACUGGAAGGGAUUACCCCGCCACCGGGAUGAAGACCAGGUUCAGCUUGACGUCAACCGUUCCUUCGUCUACUACCCUAACAAUCAGUCUGAUGCGGAGCUAAGUCUCCGCAAAUCAGAGCUUUCAUCUCUCAUCACUGAGGUUCUCCGUCGCCAUCCUUACCUGUGUUACUUCCAGGGUUACCAUGACAUUUCCCAGGUCUUACUGCUAGUGCUGGCCCCAGCAUGGAGAGCUCGCGUGCUUACGCGACUGUCAGUACUGAGAAUAAGGGAUUUCAUGUUGCCUAGUUUUGGGCCAACGACCGCUCAGCUCCGUCUUCUCCCUGAUAUCAUCAAUGCUGCUGAUCCGAAACUUCGGCGGCACCUCGCUGGUGUUGAGCCCUUCUACGCGUUGGCCGGCACCCUGACGAUGUAUGCUCACAACAUCGAAGCCUAUCAAGACAUUGCCCGCCUGUUUGAUGUCUUCCUCGCCCGGGAGCCCGUAUUUUCUGUCUACGUAUUUGCACAGAUCAUCCUCGACCGUCGAAAUGAGAUAUUCGAGAUUGACGAGCCCGACAUGCUACACGUUAUUCUUGGCAAAGUACCUACGAGGAUGGACUUAGAUGAUCUGAUCAUCAAGUCCGCUGCUCUUUUUGAGGCCCAUCCCCCAGACACUUUGAGUUAUUGGCGUCAAAUAUCAAAAUACAGUGCACUCAAGACGGCCCGUGAUAUUGAAGCAUGUGCAAAACAAAGCCUGGAUGAGGGCUCUGUACUUUUUGACAAACAGGUUGAUGAAGUCCACUGGCAGGAGAUUCGUGACCGCGUAAAGCUGGCUCUUUGGCGUUACCGUCGACCAGCAAGAACGGUCGGGAUGGCCCUCGCUGUUGGAGCUUUGGCCUUCUACCUACGACGCAACCCAAGCCUGGUCAGCCGCAUCGCGUCCCUUUUCGCACGAUAA